CCACCCGGGGCUCCCACAUUUCAGCAGGUGCCAGAGCUCCUGCCGCCGCCGCCCGUGCCUCGGGCUCUGCGGCGUCCCUUCUUGCGGCUGGUUCCCGCACUCACCCGCUCCCCCUGGCGGAUCGGGUGCACUCCGGGCUGCGCGCCCUGCACCCGGAGGUGCCUAACCCCGCUCCACCCAGUCUCGGGAUCUCCCUGCGGCUCCUCCAAUCUCCUGUAUCCCCAGUUCCUUCCUCUUCCACCUGUUCCCCGCCAGAGGCUGGAUCCUGGUCCCUCCUGCUCCGUUUCUGGGGCCAUGGCAGGCCUGGGCCCCGGCGGGGGCGACUCAGAGGGAGGACCCCGGCCCCUGUUUUGCAGAAAGGGGGCUCUGAGGCAGAAGGUAGUUCACGAAGUCAAGAGCCACAAGUUCACCGCUCGUUUCUUCAAGCAGCCAACCUUCUGCAGCCACUGCACCGACUUCAUCUGGGGCAUAGGAAAGCAGGGCCUGCAAUGUCAAGUCUGCAGCUUUGUGGUUCACCGGCGAUGCCACGAAUUUGUGACCUUCGAGUGUCCAGGCGCUGGGAAGGGCCCCCAGACGGAUGACCCCCGGAACAAGCACAAGUUCCGCCUGCACAGCUACAGCAGCCCCACUUUCUGCGAUCACUGUGGCUCCCUCCUUUACGGGCUGGUGCACCAGGGCAUGAAAUGCUCGUGCUGUGAGAUGAACGUGCACCGGCGCUGCGUGCGAAGCGUACCCUCCCUAUGCGGGGUGGACCACACCGAGCGCCGCGGGCGCCUGCAGCUGGAAAUUCGGGCCCCAGCUUCGGAUGAGAUUCACGUCACGGUGGGUGAGGCCCGUAACCUCAUUCCAAUGGACCCUAAUGGUCUGUCGGAUCCCUAUGUGAAACUGAAGCUCAUCCCAGACCCUCGGAACCUGACAAAACAGAAGACCCGGACAGUGAAAGCCACAUUAAACCCCGUGUGGAACGAGACCUUUGUGUUCAACCUGAAGCCGGGCGACGUGGAGCGCCGGCUCAGCGUAGAGGUGUGGGACUGGGACCGCACUUCCCGCAACGACUUCAUGGGGGCCAUGUCCUUUGGGGUGUCGGAGCUGCUCAAGGCGCCAGUGGACGGCUGGUACAAGUUACUGAACCAGGAGGAGGGCGAAUAUUAUAAUGUACCGGUGGCCGACGCUGACAACUGCAGCCUCCUCCAGAAGUUUGAGGCUUGUAACUAUCCCCUGGAACUAUAUGAGCGGGUGCGGAUGGGCCCGUCUUCCUCCCCCAUCCCCUCUCCAUCCCCUAGUCCCACCGACUCCAAACGCUGCUUCUUCGGAGUAAGCCCAGGACGCCUGCACAUCUCCGACUUCAGCUUCCUCAUGGUUCUAGGAAAAGGCAGUUUUGGGAAGGUGAUGCUGGCCGAGCGCAGGGGCUCCGAUGAGCUCUAUGCCAUCAAGAUUCUGAAGAAGGACGUGAUCGUUCAGGACGACGACGUGGACUGCACCCUGGUGGAAAAGCGCGUGCUGGCGCUGGGGGGCCGAGGCCCGGGCGGCCGGCCCCACUUUCUCACCCAGCUGCACUCCACCUUCCAGACCCCGGAUCGCCUGUAUUUCGUGAUGGAGUAUGUCACUGGCGGCGACUUGAUGUACCACAUUCAGCAAUUGGGCAAAUUUAAGGAGCCCCAUGCAGCAUUCUAUGCAGCAGAAAUUGCCAUUGGCCUCUUCUUCCUUCACAAUCAGGGCAUCAUCUACAGGGACCUGAAACUGGACAACGUAAUGCUGGAUGCAGAAGGACACAUCAAAAUCACUGACUUCGGCAUGUGCAAGGAGAAUGUCUUCCUUGGGACCACCACUCGCACCUUCUGCGGGACCCCAGACUACAUAGCCCCCGAGAUCAUUGCCUACCAGCCCUAUGGGAAGUCCGUGGAUUGGUGGUCCUUUGGGGUUCUACUGUAUGAGAUGUUGGCAGGACAGCCCCCCUUUGAUGGGGAGGAUGAAGAGGAGCUGUUUCAGGCCAUCAUGGAACAAACCGUCACCUACCCCAAGUCGCUUUCUCGGGAGGCUGUGGCCAUCUGCAAGGGGUUCCUGACCAAGCACCCAGGGAAGCGCCUGGGCUCUGGGCCAGAUGGGGAGCCCACCAUCCGUGCUCAUGGAUUUUUCCGCUGGAUCGACUGGGAACGGUUGGAGCGAUUGGAGAUUGCACCUCCGUUCAGACCUCGCCCGUGCGGUCGCAGUGGUGAGAACUUCGACAAGUUCUUCACGCGGGCGGCGCCAGCGCUGACGCCUCCAGACCGCCUGGUCCUGGCCAGCAUUGACCAGACUGAAUUCCAGGGCUUCACCUAUGUAAACCCGGAUUUCGUGCAUCCGGACGCCCGCAGCCCCACCAGCCCAGUGCCCGUGCAAGUCAUGUAAUCCCACCUGCUGCCAGUAGGUGUCCCCACUGCCCCCUCUGUGGUGCCAGCCGUCGCCCCCACUUCACCACCAUCCCCUUCACGUUCUAGACCCUCCUGCCCAGCAUUCUGGCCUCUGCUAGAUACCACCCCCCCCCCACAGCAGCAUUCCUGGCAGUCUAGGCUCCGAAUAGGCUCUAGAGCUUCCCCAUGUUCUAGAUUGUGCUAUGUGGACCCUAGAUUCAUCCCCACCCCUCCCCAGCAUUCUGGACUCUAUUCCAACGGGUUCCAGAACCACCACCACCACCACCACUAUCUCAGCUCCAUGGGGUUCUAGACUCCAUCUUGAUAGGUUCUAUGUCUCUCCCCCCACCUACCUUGGGAAAUAGUCUCAUGGGGUGGGCAGAUCCAGAAUCGGAUUCUAAACCUAACCCACCUCCUAGGCCCCUCCCACCUCCACUCCAGUUCUAGAGUAAGUGGGAGGCUGUGCCCCCAUGCUCCAGUGCUCCCACUUCUCCGCCCUGGGGAUUCCUGGGAUAUAUGGAGGAUUCUUCCCCCUACUGUUCUCAGUCUGCUUUUGUUCUAGACUCCCCCAUCCUAAACCCAUCACUGCUCGCCAGUGCAUGGCUCCUGUCCUGCUCGGAACCCCCCACCCCCAAGCCUUUCACUCUCUGGGACUCUCUUCUCCUCCUCCUCUUCCCUCUGCCUUUCCCGCCGACCACAGCUGCUGAAGAAUAAAUACGGGACGCUGAUG